CUUGGAGGAGCUCAGGACAAGACUUAUUAAUGCCAGAGGAAAACGAAAAGAACACCAAGAAAUAUCCAAGGAUGAUUUGCUUAGAGCAGCCCAAAAAUUAAAAAUAUUUGGAAGUGGGUUUAAUGUUAUUCCAUAUGGAAGAGGAAAAAAGUUCCUGUAUACCAGAUGUUCGAAAAAGUCGACCAGAACCUGCCAAUGUUGGAGAUGUUCAACUUCCACCCUAGCCUAUGAAGUUGAAUUUUAGGAGGGAGGAGUUAUGUGACUAGCUACCCUGUACAACCAUGGAAGCCACUAGCUGCUGACCCUGCAAUUUAUUACAACAAAACUGUUUCAUUGUUUAUUAUCGAGUUAGUCAAUUGAAGUCGCUAAGACAAUUAGCAUGUAAUUUUAAAUUAAUUAAUUUUCAAAUAAAAUAAUAUUUUUUAAAAAGGCAUUUUUGUUGUUAAGUUAGUUAAAUAGUGUUAACAAAGUUUUCCAUAACUAAAUCUAAAAGUAAAAAUGUUCCACGCAAAUUAGGCUGUAUUAUGACUGGAAUAUUCUUUCUGACAACGUUGAUUCAGAAUUCUCUAGAUUUGUAAAAACGCUAUCUAGUCUUUCUCACAAAUCCUUUCCUUUGAGACCUCUUAAAAAGAAGGAACAUAACCCCUGGUCUACCCAAGGCUUGCGUACAUCUGCUAAGAACAUGCGCUUAUUAUCUCAUCUUAAGACAUUUGCAGACAGCGCUUUUUUUCAUGAAUACGUAAGACUUUACAAAAAGAUUUAUCAGAGAACUUUAAAAGCCGCCAAGGAUAUUUACUAUAAUAGGAGACUGGCUAAAUCUAAAAAUGUGGCUAAGAAAACAUGGUCGAUUGUUAAUGCUUUGAGAAAUAAGCCUUCUUUGUCGAAUACUCCACUUCAUCUGAGAACCUUGCCACAUUUACAAAAUGAUUAUUUUGUAAAUGUGGCAAAUAAUUUAAUGAGUACCAUAACUCCUUCCCAUGGUCCACUUUCAUAUCUUCCCAUUGCAAAUGAGAAUUUCCACAGCUUCUUCUUUACGCCCGUAGUGUUACCAGAGCUUUGCAGUUCAAUUAGGGAAAUCAAAAACAAAGGCUCUUCUGGAAUUGAUGGACUUACUCUCAAAAUGUUUUCAAAUCUGCCCGAAUGUACAUUAUGUCAUCUUAUUACUCUAAUUAAUCAGUCUUUUCAAAAAGGUGUUUUUCCUAACUGCCUUAAGUUGGCGAUAAUAAUUCCACUACAUAAAGGAGGAGACAAAGAUCAGUCUUCCAACUAUCGCCCUAUCGCUCUUCUUCACACACUUUCAAAAAUUAUUGAAAGUUUGGUUAGAAAAAGACUUCAAUCAUUUUUGCUAAAAUAUAAAAUACUUACUUCCCAUCAAUUUGGAUUUUUAAAUAACAAAUGCACAAAUGAUGCUAUGUUUUCUCUUUUUAAUAAUGUAUACUCUAGCUUAAACAACCAACACCCUACAGCAACAAUUUUCUGUGAUUUUUCUAAAGCCUUUGAUUGUGUUAAUCAUGACAUCUUAUUAAAAAAGUUGCAAUAUUACGGGUUCAGAGAAGCGCCUUUUGAAUGGUUUAAGUCGUAUCUCAGUAACAGAAGUCAAGCUGUGAGAAUUGAUUCGACUAUGUCUUCUUGCAAGCCAAUACAAAGUGGAGUGCCUCAAGGUUCCGUACUUGGCCCUAUUUUGUUUCUUAUCUUCAUCAAUGACAUUGCUAAUCUAAAUAUUAACGGUAAAGUCUGUCUAUUUGCUGAUGAUACUAGUUUUACCUGGAGUGAUCCGGAUAUUUCUACACUUCAUAGAACCGUAUCAAGUGAUUUAACUACUAUCAAAUCAUAGUGCGACUCCUAACUCUACUAAUCUCCUAUGUCUCAACAUUUCCAAACCUAAAAUGUUGUCCUAUAAAAAUACCUUGCAAUCUUUUGUACUUGGUAACGCAACAAUCGACGAAGUUGAUUCUGUAAAGUUUUUAGGGCUAACUGUUGACAACUCGUUAAAAUGGGACACACCUAUUGACUCUUUAUCAAGAAAAUUAAGUUCCGCUUGUUUUGCGUUAAGAUCAAUUUCUAAGGAGCUUAGCCUGUCUACUUCUAGAACAGUUUAUUUUGCCCUGUUUGAAUCGCACUUUCGAUACGUCCUUCCAUUCUGGGGUACAUGUAGUGCAACUCAAUUUGACCGUAUUUUUAGACUACAAAAGAGAGCUUUACGUUAUACACUGAGACUUAAAUACAGAAGUCAUUGCCAGCAUUUCUUCAAAAAAAUUCAAAUAUUAACUUUUCCAUCUUUAUUCAUAUUUGAGUCCGUUUGUCUAAUACGCAAACACGGUUCAGCAUCUGAUAGGCCUUCCCAUAGUUAUCCACUUAGAAACACGGAACAUGAUCUAUACCUGCCUACCCCACAUUCAGAGUUGGUCAAAAGUUCCAUAUUAUAUAAUGCAAAAAAAAUGCACAAUCAUCUGCCAUUGGAAAUUAAAUCCAUCACAUCUUUUUUUGCAUUUCGUAAAGCAUUAAAAGCAUUCUUACUGGAGAGAGCUUUUUACACAGUUAACGAUUUUUUUUUGUAAUCAUUGAUUUGAAAUUUCGGACUAGCUGAUUAUGUAUUUUUACUAUCUGUACAUGUUUAGGUAUACUGCUUUGUGUAGCUAUUUUAGGAUUUUUUAUAAUUUUUUACUUUUUUAAACAUUUUUUACAUUUUUUUUUUA